GGAGGUCCUGUAUCACCCAACUACUCGAUGUUGUACACAAUAUUGGCAAGGCAUUAGACUGUGGAAAAGAAAUUGACAUGAUAUAUUUGGACUUUUCAAAAGCCUUUGACUCUGUUCCCCACGAUAAACUAAUUGUGAAACUCCAACAAUUUGGAAUAACAGGACGGCUUUUGCACUGGUAUAGCGACUAUUUAAUGGGACGAAAACAACGUGUUGUAGUAGAUGGUGUUUCGUCGAGCUAUCUUGAUGUGACUUCCGGAGUUCCACAAGGAAGUAUUGUCGGCCCCCUACUCUUCCUGGUCUAUGUUAACGACCUCCCUGACGCUGCUAAACACAGCAAAGUACCCAUGUUUGCCGACGACAGCAAAUGUUAUCGAGUCAUAGAAACGUCACAUGACACUCAACUCCUUCAGUCCGAUCUGCACUCCCUUUGCAAUUGGUCCUCUACCUCAGAAUUGAAGUUUAAUCUCAAAAAAUGCAUUGGAAUCAGAUUCUCCCGCAAACGUUUAAUUGAGUCACCCGAAUACAGUUUAAACCACGAACUGAUAACCCUUAAGCCCUCCCAAAAGGACCUUGGAAUAAUAAUUAGUAACAACUUAAAAUGGUCACCUCAGAUAACCAGUAUCGUGUCAAAGGCAAAUCAGAUGCUUGGUUUUCUCCGACGUAAUUGUAUCCACCUGACUGAUACGAAAUGUCGACGCUCACUCUAUCUGGCACUCGUGAGAGCUCAUCUGUGUUAUGGAAGUGAACUUUGGGCGCCUCAAUCAACAUCAAAGGACCUUCUCCGUAUCGAAAGUGUUCAACGACGAGCGUCCAAAUACAUACUUCAAGAUUACCACUCUUCCUACACUGACCGACUGAAACUUCUUAACCUUCUCCCUAUUUCGUACUGGUAUGAGAUGAAAGAUAUUAUUUGUUUCUACAAGAUCAAAUCUGGACUCUACGACCUAAACCCCGAAGAUUAUAUCGACCACCCUACCCAUCAUCUGACCCGCUUCAGUUCAACCAAUUGCUACAGACCCAACCUUUGCAGAACUGCCUAUUUCAGAAGUUCCUUCUUCAACAGAAUUGUGCCUCUGUGGAACAACCUUCCUGA